GAUGCGCAUGCGUGGCAGCCAGGUGCGGUGUAGCUGUAAUGGUCGCGGGGAGGAAGAGGCGCGGGUUGGUGGUGGCCUGGCUGAACCGGGCGGAGUGGGACCAGGUGAUCGAGUACCUGUACAGCAGGGAUAGCAAGUUGCAGCGGUAUGCACUAGACAGGAUCUCCGCUUGGAAGAGCAGAUAUGGCAGUAGCACUCCACUCGCUGUGGAGUGCACUGAAGCUCUGAUGCAAUGUAAACUUCAGGAUGAGGCUGGGGAGACCGCAUCUAAUGAACUGAUUCACUCCUACGGGCUUGCCCUCGUCAGGUUUGUUAAUCUGAUUACUGAGAGGAAGCAGAAAGCUAUUGCAAUCCCACUGAGACGUUUGGCAAGUGAGAUGAACAUACCAGAGUGGAUAGUAAAUCUCCGACAUGAACUGACACACCGGAAACUUCCUACGCUGGCAUGGUGCAGAAAAGGUUGUGAGUUUGUUUUGGAGUGGUUACGACAGCAGUACUGGAAUCGACAAUUAGGAAACAAUCUUGUGGAUAAUUGGGUCUUGGACUCUCAGGAAGAGGAGGAAGCUGAUGAUGAAGCCAAAAUACAGGAAGAACUGAAACAGAAGGAGUUAAGUGACAAAGCCCGAGAAUUGCUGACUUCCUUUGAGAAAGAACAAUUCCAGGUUUUGAUGGAGCAGAAGUUAGUUUCCAAAGCAAAGAGAUUGUGGAGUACUCCAACUCCUGAAGUUGAAUGGAUUUUAUCACAAGUUAAAAAACAUGCUUUGGAGAACAGAGAGCUGGUGGUGGAUGUACUUCUGGAUGAUGGGUUCCUUAUUCCAACGGAGGAGCAGCUGAAAUUUUUAAACAUUGACUGCCCAGGAGAGUUUGUAGAUUUGUCAAAUCCUGGAAUUCCUCGAACAUUCUGUCGCUUCUGGCAGCCUCUUCUUAAGUGCCUCCACUCUCGAUAUUUCACACCAGUGCUGCUAGAAAAGCUGUUUACUGAACUGAAGCUUUGCUGUGACACUUCGGGCCUGAGGAUACAGUAUGUUACAGGCUGGAUCACAGAGAUACUUGCAGCCAAUGCAAAAGCAGGAAAAAGAUUGAGAGGUUUACCACGCAGCCAGAAAGUAAAAAGGAGCAUGUGGCAGUUGUUUUUAUUUCAAUGUCCACUGGACUGGCACGAUCUUCUAGAAAGCUGUCUUGCUGCACCAUGCCAGGCUACACCUCAUCUUCUUCAGCAGAUUUUAACUGAUAUGGACUCUCCAUUACCCAUUUCCACACAACAGAAACUGCUCCAGCUGUGUUCUAUAUAUAUUCAGGAGCCAGGCUCUUUCAGCGUUUCUGACUUUCCUGUUGGCCACGGCCAGUUACCAGUGUACACUGUGGAAAAUCUCCAACUGAAGAGUGGGAUUGAGUCUCCAAGUGAGUUGACUGAUAUGGCACAUACGGACUUUAGAAAGAACAUUGAGCCAUUGAUGAUCCCCACAUCUGGUGAAGAAAUGGCACAAACAAUCAAUCUUGAGAUAUUCUCUGAAAAGAUUGAAGCACUGGAGGGGUCAGUGUGGCAGAUAUGCACAGAUCAAAUUGCAUGGAAGGAUUACCCACUAGGUAAAAUACCAGGUCAGAAAGAAGACCCAGAUUGCCUCUUGGUGGACAAUUACACCUUGAUGCCUGUAUUGCAUCAGCCAAUAACAGAGGACAGCCUGGAUGAUUUUAAUCCUGCAUUAAGUGCCACAGGAUUACCUUGCGCAGACUCAGAAGGUUUAUGGUGGACUCAGAGUGACCUGCACAGACUGAAAGCUGGAUUGAAAUUGUUCUAGUUGGUGGGAGGGGGAGAGAGAGAGAGAGAAUCUAGAGAGAGAAAAGAAAACCUUCUGAUGUUCCAUUAUUUUGCCUUUUGAGAACCUGUACUCCCCUUCCUCUUUUUUUAAAAAAAGUGUGUGCGUAUUUAUGAUUACAUUUAUGUAUCAAAGACUGAUUUCUGAAGCAGGUCUAAGGGUAAAAUGAAAUGAAUCUUUACCUCUAGGGCAGGCCAUGAGUGGUAGUUAAUUCAGUAAUUUGUGUUUAUACAAUUUUGACAAUGUUGUGUGUGUAAACUAGUAAAUGACUGCCUUUUGUUUAUGUUGCAAAAUAAACAACAACCACCUGGUUCUCAUUUGUUUUGGGUUA